CAACAAUAACAACCUACAUUUGCAUGCAGGCAAAGCUUAAUUAUCGGGGAAGAUGAUUACUUUGAAUUUAGUUACAAGUGAAUUUCCUGUUAUCGUAAUCGCGAAAAAACAUUUACGAACGCUGAUGCACAUCUGAUAGGCCCCAGGGCGGUGUUUAUCAGUUUUGCAUGCUUGAGAAAAUCGCUUCCGAUGAAGGGUUUUAGCGACGGAAUUUGCAGCACCUAGGGGAGGAAACAAUAAAUUAGGUAUUGGAUUUGUGGAUCCCGGAAGAGGGGAACCAGAACAGUGCGUAGAAAAUCGAAAGUGCUACGGACUACGGACAGCUAAGUGAUCGGGUCGGGUCAGCCCUCAAUUCGAUAUCAUCCUCGCGUUACGGUCGAUGGAAUAAUCGCGUGAAAAUGGUCUUAUAGAUUUUUGCCAGAGUGUGCCUCUCUCUAUUCCACCUCGUCGUCGGUUAUUGCCUGCCUUGUGAUCCGAAUAAAGUAUAAAGGGAUUGGCACGAGUCUAUUAGCUCCCUAUGGUAGAAGCUGGACGGGAGAAACAAAUACUUAAUGUAAAUUUAUUCACCUGAAUGGUCGAAAGUCCAAUAGUGCUGGUCAGUUUAUUCAACGGUGAGCUUUAAAGGAGCCUUCUCCGGGCUCCAGAAGAAGAAACAAAAGUCAGCCAGACAGGCACUAAGCCAAGGAGAAAGAUAAACCGUACUUUUUAGUUGCCGAAAAGUGGCGUAGGUGGUAUUUUUCGUUGGCCGAAUUCCUUCACCUUAUUGUGUGGAUACCUACAUCUCUAUAGAAGUGGCCAUUUCGAGGUUACCAGAUAUCUUUGGAGAGCAGUCAGUGGCUUGUGUGUCAAUAUAGUGUUUGUGGUGGUGGUGGGGUGGUGGGACAAAAUAAUGCUUCCGUGGUGGUCGGCGACAACGGAAACGACAUCAGAACCAUGAAGGCUGCAGCCACCGGAAGCAGACGGCCCGGACAGAAAAUGUCCAAACAGCAGGGCAAAUAUGAGUUGCUUAAGGAGGACGUUAGUUUAAGGAAAAGUCACACCUACAUUCAAGGAUGCCUUCUGUUGGCCUUAUGCAUGAUGUCCAGUGUAGCCGUCUACGCGACCUGGACCAUGAUCUAUCGCCAGAACCUAAUCAUUCCACCGACACUAAUUGACAUUCCACCCCUGUGGAGGGAACGUAUCCAGCAAUAUGAGGAGAGCUCACGAGCCUUCAGACACGCCGACACCCAUCCCGAUAUCAUCAACCAGGAAGAUAUCCUGGCGGCCUUAAUCCUGAACGGCACGCAACCAUUUGCCGCCGGCAGUGGGUUCAACGAUACGGGACUCGAGGGCGACGAGACGACGACGGAGGAACAACAACGAAUUAAAGAGCUCGAAAACGAACGGAUUUUGCCUUCAAAAUUCGGAAAUUUUAUCUACUCGAAAGAAGCCUCGAAGGGUGUGAAGGAAAGUCGAAAAAUAGUUUGCUACUACACAACGCCGCCAAUGGGCUCGAACAAAUUACGGAGCAACCUGUACCCGGAGCAUAUCGAUCCCUUCCUUUGCACUCAUUUAAAUGUUGGAAUGGCUGAAGUUGUCAAUUCCACCCUGUUCAUCAACGAUGACCUCCGGUUGGUGUUCAGUCGAAUCAAACAACUCAAAAAAGCAAACAAAGGUCUGAAAGUGUUGCUCUGGGUGGGUGGCGGUCAGAUGGGAGGUUUUUCGGAAAUGGUGGCAAACCACGCGAAACGUAAACUUUUCAUCCAAUCGCUGAAAGCCAACCUGGAACGGUACCAACUCGAUGGGGUCGAUUUGGAUUGGGAAUUUCCCGGUACCGAGGGGAAGAAUAGGAUGCACUUUUCGCAACUACUCCAUGAGAUUCGGCGGGAAUAUCAGCGGGAGCAUAGGACGUACAUACUGAGCGUGGCCGUGGCAGCGCAGGCCACAAUCGCUUACCUAUCGUACGAUGUGCGGGAAAUUAACAACUACGCCGACUACGUCAACAUAAUGACGUAUGAUUUGCACUUCUACACUCCCGGAACGCCGCAAACCGGUCUCAACGCUCCCCUGUAUCGGCGUCAAGGCGAGGGCAGCAUAUUCGGCACCCUGAACAUCAACGCUUCUAUCCAGUAUUGGCUCUCGCAGGGGCUGGAAAAGAGCAAGAUCAUCAUAGGGCUACCAACCUAUGGCCAUACAUUCCAAUUGACCAGUCCGUUCAACACACGAAUCGGAUCACCGGCCUCCGGCAACGGGCGGGUCGGCCUGCUCGGCUUUGCCACCUACUCCGAGAUCUGUUGGUUCCGCCGGCACAACAUCUACGUCCAUCAGGUGUACGAUGUGGAAAGCUGCUCGCCCUAUCUAUACGCCGGCACCGAAUGGAUUUCGUACGAAGAUGAACGCAGCCUCGAGUGCAAGGCUAACUACAUCAAGGAGAAUGGGUUCGGCGGUGCGAUGAUAUUCUCACUCAAUACCGACGAUUUCGGUGAGUAUUGUGCCGAAAAUGCGCUGCUCGCCGAGGAUGACCAGCUAGAUGAUCUGGACUACAGUUAUCAACGCAGGCUCGAAGAACGGCAACAACGGGGAGCGAUGACCAGUUUCCCGCUGCUGAGGAAAAUUCAUUCCAUUCUGACCGAUAAGUCGGAAGCUAACUAGAAAGUAAGCUAUAAUAGUAUUUUUUUGAGUUAGGGUACUCUUGCGAACCACUGAAUAAGAAAUGAAACAAUAAUGAAAAUACGACUUAUAAGGAUUAAGCUAUGAUAUAGUCUAGACGUGGUGAUGUGUACCGUUGCUCGAAGCUAGAUUGUGAGGUUUGUGAAAAAAGGGGGAAAUAGAGAGACCAUUCUAUCAGAGAUAAUGCAAAACAAAUGUAUACAUAGAUAGUUAGACGAUAGGAAUAUUAAAGAAGAAAUCAAAGAUAUAAUAAAAAUUAAGUAGUGCAGCAUUCGGUUCAGUAGAUAAAUAAUGGCAAGAGCUUAAGGGGAUGUAUUCCUAUUACAUUGUCAUUAAAUUUAUUAACAAAACUGUUGAACAAUGUUACGAAUUCAAGUUAAUUUAAUGGUUUUAUCUACCGUAAUGCGGAUACAUCUUCUUUGCGACAAAAUAUUGCUAUCUUUCAUCAAAACUAAACAGCAAACACGAAACCGAUGCUGCAAUCUAGUCACACUAACACUCAUCUCGCUUGAACUGGUUCGAUUUCAAGGGGAAACUAUCUAGUUGAGCUUGUUAACAAACAAGAAACGAAACGAGUAAGAUCAAACACGAUUCGAGAAUUGAAAGUAUUUACCCGAGAGAGAUUUAUCGGAGUUUCAUUACAGUUAGGGAUAUCGUUUUAUUUAUUAAAUUUAAUUUUCCUGUUAACACAUCGUUGUCUUCCAAAAUUUAUGCGCGUUCUCUAUGUUUCGUUAAGUUUGUUAAAUUUUCGGAAAAGUAAUCAGUUAGUAUAUCGGAGCAUAAAUUGUUUAGCUGCUUAAAAAAGGUUUAUAGCAUUGAAUUGUGUACUGCAAAAUACUUUCGAAAUUCUGUGCUCAUUUUCUUCUUGUUGAUACAUAGGGUACAAUUAUUCAAAUUUUCUAAGUAAAGCGAUGCAAUAUUUCCAAACCAAUUUUCAUCAAAAAAGUUUUUGUAUUUUCAUAUUUGAUUAUUGUUAGAGGCCCAAAAUUAUUCCGUGGUCUAGGAAAAUUUACCAUUUAACUUGAUUUCAUUUAGUGUUAUUUGAAUUUAAACAUGGAAACAGAAUAAAAACAAACAACAACUUAACAAAAAACCGCAGCUACCAAACAGCCUUAUAGCUUUUUGUAAUGAUAAUGAUAUUGGGCAGUGUUAUUUGAAGCAUAUUCGAAUCGAAAAAAAUAAAAAAAAAUUGUAAAUUUAAUGUUAGGAAACCAAAUUGAUAUUUUUAUACAAACGUUUUCGGAUAGUCACGACAAAUAACAAAAGGGUAUUUUUUUUUAAAUUUUUUAGCACCAUGUAUUCCGUUUCAGCAAAUGCAAAACAGCAUAAAAGUAGCCCCCCUUGUAUGAAAAAAUACUACCUACCACUUUUGAUGCACAUUAUCUAACCGGCAAGCUACCUAGUAGGAAAAAAGUACUAAGCAAUGUUGGUGUGAAACGAUAGAGACUCACAGUCAUAAAGGAACAUCAUAGCUGGGCAGUACUCAACAAACCUUAACGAUUAAUCGUAAAGUUAAAAAAAAAACUAAAAUAAAAUGGAAACACCGUAUUUACCAGAUAACCCUAGUGCCAAAAACAAAUAAAUAAACCAGCAAAGGAAUAUCCCUUAAUAAGCAGAAUCCUAACCCCGCAGGAUCAUACCCUAUAAUAAGAUAUAAGACAUAAAAGAUAUCGAAAAGAAUAACAAACCACCCACACAUUCAACAGUAACCACAAACAAUACACAGAAACAGCAGAGGAGUGUUGAAGAUUUUUAAAGAAAAAAACAGUGCUUUUAAAUCAACCUUCCUCAACAUUGAGCUGAGGAAGAGAUAGAUUCCCAAUGAUGUGUAGGUACUGUUUCAGCAGUAGUUUUAUAUUUGACCUUUUCGUUUUAAAAAUUCCACACUUCCAUUCCGCAAUUUUCUAGGAUUAACAAAAGUUGGUUGGUUGAGAAUUGCAUGAAAAACAUGUGUCGCAUUGAAUGGGUUUUCCGUCUGUUUGUUUGAGUUAUUGAGAAAUGUUCAGUUUUUUUGGAGGUACUAUUUUUCUUGUUCACAAAAUUUAGAGGCGAUCUACCUAAAAUCGAUAGAUUACAUUGUCUGAGGUUAUCAAGCGAACGCAACGGGAGGCUAUGAAGCUCCGCUGAAGAUACGAAUUGAUCGAGAAAAAUAAA